AUGAACAAAAAAUUUUGGAAAAAUUGGCAUUUACGAACUCAAAUAUGUAUGAUAUAAUUUGUUAUUUCAAUUAUUACUAUUGGAUUAAUUGCCCUCUCAACUUAUUCAUUUACAUAUUAUAUUUCUGAGUUUUAUAUGGAAGCAUCAGAACAAGUAUUUUAAAAAUAAUUUGGAAAAUGGACAAAUAUUAUGAUGUCUCAUAACAUACAUCGUGUUUAAUAAACAUUAUUUAGAAGUCAAUAAUAAAUUGUUAAGGUAAAUGCUUUGUAUUAAAUGACUCAAUUAAUCAAAUAAAGCACUUUUUAAUAACCGAUUCCAUGUCUGAAUGAGUUAUAAUUUCUAGAUGAAUAUACUUACAGUGCUUCAUUUUGUUAUAUGAUUUAUAAAGAAACUAAACCAAAUAAAAUCUUACAAAAUUUGAAAGAUCUUUGUGCAUUUUUAACAUAAUCUGUAAUAAUGAUAGAUUAAGAUUUUGAUAUUAUGAUAGCUUCAUCAAAUGAUAUCCAUUUUUUAACAGUUUGGCCUGGAUUUUUUUUAUCAUCCGAUUACAAUCCUCAAGAGAGAAUCUGGUAUUUGUAACAUUAAGAACAAGUUUCUUUGCAAAAUAAUAAUAAUAAAACAUAUUUUAGUGAACCUCAUAUCCAUUGGACUUGGAAAUUAUUAAUGAUAGCUUAAACAAAAAGUUUAUUAAAUAUUAAUGGAUCUCUUGAUGGUGUAAUAGCCUCUCAUGUCAAUUUCAGCUAAUUUAAUUAUUCAGAUGAUUAAGUAAGUUUUACUAUAAUAAAUCCUAAAGGUAGAAUAUUAUUAAGUUCUUUAAAUGUUACUUAAUAUUCAAAUAUAUAUGAUUAUAACAUUACUAAUUUAGGUUAUGAAGAUUAUUAGUAGAUUUUAAAUUAAGCAUAGGGUAAAGAAACAUAAAGUAAUUGUAAUUCUACUGUAUGGAAAGACUAUGGUUAUUUGUGUAGAAAAACGAAUUUAUAAUAAGAAGAAGAACUAAUAAGUACUAAAAAUAUAGAAGAGGCAGGAUUAAUUUUAAUUAUGUAAAAUUAAUUAAAAUUAAUUAGGUAGAGCAAACUAACUAAAUAUUAAAUGGAAUUUGAAAAUAUGUUUAAUACUUUCUAAACAGAACUAAACAAAAUAUUUAUAGCAACUAUAUUAGGUUUUUUUCUUUAUAUGCUUUCAUCACUUUUAAUCACUUCUUUUAUAGUAAUAUUUCUAUUUAAUCCCAUAAUCAGGAUCAUUAAUUAUACAUCUUAAUAAUUAUUUAAACAAAGUCUUAAUCAAAAAGAUUUUCUUUAAAAAUAACAUUAAUCUUCUUUCUUUUAAAAGUUAACAAAUUCAUCCUUAUUACACGAUUUACAAUAAUCCUUUAAUAGACUUAUAGAUAUUACAUCAAAUUAAACAAAAUCUACAACUUGUCAUUUAAUUGAAGCCUUUAAAUAUCCGUAUAAUAUUUGGAAAUCAUAGAAAUAGAGCAAAAAAGUUCGUAAUCUUUAUUUGAAUUUACAAAAUAAUUUUUAAAAUGAAGAGACAAAAAUACUUUAAAGUAUGGUUAUAAAACAAUUGAUGAUGUAAGAUUACUGA